CUUUCAUAAAUACUCAACUUUAAGACGUACACUGCACUCACUGCAGUCAAGUUUAACCGCGCGUUUACACGGGAGAUCUUAAAGUGAACACACCGAUCGCUACGAUGGCGUGUCAAAAAUGUCACGGAAAAGAUAGUCCAGCUCCUGGACCAGUUCCUAAAGAUCUUGUUCGGCUGUACAGCAUGAGAUUCUGUCCUUUCGCUCAGAGAACACGGCUGGUACUCCAUGCCAAAGGAAUCAAACAUGAGAUUGUCAACAUCAAUACUAAAGAAAAGCCUGCUUGGUUUUUGGAGAAGAAUCCUAAUGGGACCGUGCCAGUCUUGGAAACCGCAUCUGGUCAGGUGAUAUACGAGUCGCCAAUCACCUGUGAAUACCUGGAGGAGGUCUUCCCUCAGAAGAAACUGUGCCCAGCCGACCCUUUCGAGAGGGCUCAACAUAAAAUGUUGCUGGAGAAUUACUCCAAGGUGAUUCCAUACUUCUAUAAGCUCUCUAUGGCCAAAGAAGGGGAUCUCUCAGUACCUGAAAAAGAGUUUAAAGAGAAACUCGGCCAACUAAAUGAUACUCUGGCAAAAAAUAAAACCAAAUACUUUGGAGGAGAUUCACUCACAAUGAUUGAUUACUUUAUCUGGCCAUGGUUUGAGAGGAUAGAAAUGAUGGGGCUAAAGCAUUGUUUGGACCACACUCCCGAGUUAAAACUGUGGAUUGAACGCAUGUUUGAGAAUCCCAGUGUGAAAGCCACCAUGUUCAGCAAUGAUGAUCACAAGGUGUUCUUUGACAGCUACAUGGAGGGAAAACCCAAAUUUGACCACGGUUUAUAGAGCACAUCAUGUUUAAGUACAAAGGUAGCAUAAUAUCUGUCAAUUUUCUCGUGCUGUUUUUUAUAAUAAUACUCUUUUCAUAGUCAUUCAUGUAUUUCUGUCCUGAUGGUGCUUUGUUAUUGUAAUAUAUAGAUGGACCUAAAUAAAACAAAUGUUUACAUAGA